AUGAAUGGACUUAAUUAAGAAUAGAGUGCAGAUUAUAUAUUUAAGUUCAUCUUAAUAGGAAAUUCAAGUACUGGCAAAACUUCUAUAUUGUAAUACUUUAUAAAAUAGAAUGGUAAGAUAUUUAUCAUAAUUUUGAUCAACUUUAAUAGCAAAAAAGAAAGUUCAAUAAACAGUGGGAAUUGAAUUCUAGUCCAAAUUUUUUGUAUACAAAAAUAAGAAAAUCAAAUUAUAAAUAUGGGAUACUGCUGGAUAAGAGAGAUUCCGUUCAAUUGCUAGAACAUAUUUUAAGAAUACUAUAGGAGCAAUUCUGGUUUAUGAUAUAACAAGGUAUGUCUAUUAAUUAAUUAAUAUAUAGUUAGGACUCAUUUGAUUCAUUAGAUGAUUGGAUAAAAGAUGCAAGAGAAAAUGGAAAGAGCGAUCUAGAUAUAAUUGUAGUUGGAAAUAAAAUAGAUUUGAAAGACUAAAGAAUAAUAGAUAAAGAUUAUGCUGAAAGAGAAAUGAGAAACAAAGAUGUUCUUUAUGUUGAAACAAGUGCAAUGACUGGAGAAAAUGUUGAUAAAUGUUUUUAUGAUUUAAUUGAUUAGAUCUGUAAUAAAAUUGAAAAAGGUAUUAAAUAUAUAUAAAAAUAGGUCAAAUUGAAAAAGAUGAAUUCAAUCCAUAAUUAAAAAAUCCUUUAAAACAAAACUUAACAAAUAAAACUAAUAAUGUAUAAAAUUAAAGAUGCAAUUGCUGA